AAAGUGCAUGCACUACGAAACAGACGGUGAUAGUGGACGAAUAAAGAGCACAAGGAAACUUUUACGCCUUGUCGUGUCCAUCAUGCGUUACCUACCGAUAAGUUACCAUAAACCUCUGUUACCAAAUGGGCUCCAUCCUCCGAUCGAUUGGCAACUCUACGGUUUUUUCUGCUCAAAUGGUUGGCCACUCGCAGCACAUAUUACGAAAACCCGUUACAUAGCCGAUAUAAUGGUGACCAUUAUGCAGUUUAUGUCCGAAAGCAUGGUUCUCAUUGGUGAAGCUGUAGUCAUGCAUGACAAUUUAGAUAACAUCAGCUUUGUCUGUACCGUCUUGGCACCCAAUUUGAUAUUAUUUGAAAUGAUGUUGCGCGCUUAUAAUAUUAUCUAUAGGCGCAAUAGUUUUCGAACGCACAUUGAGGAGUUUUACAAGAAGAUCUAUAUACAACGUACCUGGAAUCCGGAGCUUUUCGAGAAGAUACGCCGCCAACAAUUGCCCACCAAGUAUUCGACGUUCACCUAUAUUAUUACACUGGUGACCUAUGUCUAUGUGCCGGUAAGCGGUUUAAUCAAAAAUGAGCGCUUGGUACCUUUUCCGAUAAAUUUUGGCUUCGAUUAUACUGUGCCUUGGCCGCGUUAUUUAGUAUUUCUCACUAUGUCGAUGUGGACAGGUUUCGCUGUUGUGGGUCCCUUGGUCGCCGAAGCGAAUAUAUUAGCUAUGCAAAUAUUACAUUUGAAUGGUCGUUAUUCGUUGUUACUAGAAGAUUUACGGAAUAUUUCUAGGGAAUCUAUUGUCGAGCAUGAGAAAUGUAAGCGGAAAGACAAUAUGUUGGUCACCCAACGCUUUCGUUAUCGUUUAUACGACAUUAUUCGUCGAAAUGUGGAGCUAAAUGACUUCGCCAAAUCAAUGCAGGAGCAGUAUUCUUUCCGUGUGUUCGUUAUGUUGGCCUUGAGUGCGACUUUGUUGUGUGUUUUGGGAUUUUUAACGGCAACGCUAGGUAUAACUGCGCAGAAUAUUCGAUUUGUAAGCUGGAUAAUUGGAAAGAUAGUUGAAUUGCUGAUCUUUGGACGCCUGGGCACAACACUCUCGACAACCACAGACAAAUUGAGCACAUCGUAUUAUUGCUGUGAUUGGGAGGAUGUUAUACUUCAAUCAACUAACGCUGAGGAGAACAAGAAAUUGAUGAAGCUUAUAGCCUUGGCGAUUCAUUUAAAUAGUAAUCCUUUUCGUUUAACUGGUCUUAAUUUCUCCGUUGUCAACUAUGAAACAGUGGUAGCGAUUCUCAGAGGCGCAGGUUCCUACUUUACAGUCAUUUAUGCCUAUAGAUAAAUGAAUAGAAACUGACAAGAUAUAGGAACGGUAGUAAAUAAGAAAAAAUUAUUGGGAAGAGUUAAUACUGGAAGAAGGAGAUAAUGUUCAUAAAGUUCAAUAUACAUACUUGGAAACAGACAUAAAUGUAGUAAAAAAUAAAUACUAUUCGUAGAGAGUGAAA